AUGCUGGGGGGGAAGAGGAAGAGAAGGAGCGCAGGAACGAUCCCCCCCACCGUCAGGUUUCUAUGCGACUCUCUCCUCUACGUCGCCUGCUUCGCUGGUCUGUUCCUGGUGGUGAAGUAUGUCAGCAUGCCGAGCAAGCCCAAGAAAAGCAUCCGGAUGGACGUCUUCGAGAUCCGAGACGAGCCAGAGACACGGUCUCGGGCCAACGACACGAUCAGUACCUUGACCUCUCUCCAUCCCUCCACGCUCAAACUUGGAGCAGACGUGAAACUGCACAUGUCGAACGUGACGAGGCAGCAGCAGGCUGCCAAUCAUCACUCGUCAGGUGGCGCCUUGCCGACUUCGCACAUCCAUAGCUCGGUCCACCGCUACGUGUUCUGGGGGAGCUUCUUCUUCGGGGGAUACAUCAUCGCAAGCUUGACCUUGGGACGGUACAUCGCCAAGUUCAUGAAGGCGGCGAGGAGGCCUCUAUUCCAAUUGAGGGGGAGGAAGCUGUCGAUUGUCCAUUUCAUAGAGAUGAUCUUCGUGUGCUUCUCACUGGGAUGCGUUGAGGGCUGCACGAUCAUACAUCAUUACCUCAUCGUCCCGCUGCUGUGCAAUGGUGCAGAGGUCCUGAUCAAGCACCUCCCGCCAUGCAGACACAGCACUUCUUGGUUCCUCAUUCACUUCUGCCCGUCUCUUUACUUCCAUGUUUGCUUCUACUUCAACUGGUACAUGUGCAUCUUUGGUACGAAGCCGUCCGCCUGCCACGACGAGGGCAGCGAGAGGGUGUCCUCGGAGGAUCGAGUGGACGACGAGCAUUGGAGCUACACGGGGCCACUGGGAACCGACGGGGACCUUGCUCGAGGGCACUUCUGCUCCGUCUGUGCGAGCUAUGUGGUCCGAUGCGACCACCACUGUCCUUUCCUCGGUGUUUGCGUUGGGGCGCACAAUCAAAUUUACUUCUUUGCGAUGAUGUUGCAGAUGUCUCUCUCCAUGAUCUACGGCAGCCUGCUCGUCAUUCCUGCCUCAGUUGCAUGUCAGCUCUCUGAGACCGUCAAGUUGUCCUCCGAAGGUCCUCCCAUGAGCAAGGAGACUCGUUCUCAACUUCGCCCCGCAGCCAAUCAGAAAUGUUUCGCACUGUCUGCGGUAUCCGUCGCCGUCGUCUUCGUGGCGAUGGUGAUUUCCGCCUUCACCUUCAUCGUCUUCUUCCUCCUUGCCUGCAACCUCACCAUGCGCGAAGCUCUCAUGAUCGACAUGUACAAGUACAAGAUCGGCUUCACCAGCGUUGUGCGGGAGAUCUGGCGAAAGGCUCCAGUUUCGGAGAACCUCCAGGUCGCCUUCGGCCCGAGGAAGGGAUGGUGGAAGCUGCUGCUCCCUAUGAAGCGAGCAAGUCUGAGAGUGGUUUGA